UAGUGAAGAAGAAGAACAAGAAGAAGAAGGAGAACACAACACACAUCGUGUCCAUUACUCACACUCUUCUUUGAAUUUGUCACCCCCACACCAAAUACCAAUUCACCAAGUGUCCCUUUCUUUUCUAUACUCCCACAUUAUUUAUUUUCUUCUGAUUACAUAAGCAUUACUUGGUUGCAUCGAAGGUUCUUUCUUUCUCUUUCUUUAGCUUUUAUAUUCCGAGAAAAUGUCAAUCCUAAGCGGCAGCAACAACAGUGGCAACAUGGGUGCCCCGUUUUUCCAUGAAUUCAAGAAGCAAGCUUCCUUCUUCUUCAAGGAGAAGAUCAAGACUGCCCGGUUGGCUCUGACCGAUGUUACCCCAGCUCAAUUAUUGACUGAGGAAGCUACCAAUGGAAAUCCAUGGGUUCCUGAAACCCGUAUCCUGAAGAUCAUAUCAAAGGCUGCUUUUGAAGUUGAUGAUUACUGGAGAAUUGUGGAGAUUCUGCACAAAAGAUUGGCUAAAUUUGAUAAAAAGAACUGGAGAUCUUCAUACAAUGCUCUGAUUGUUCUAGAACACUUGUUGACCCAUGGACCAGAGAGUGUAUCAGAGGAGUUUCAGACUGACAGAGAUGCUAUCUCAGAGAUUGGAAGCUUUCAACAUAUUGAUGAGAAAGGAUUCAAUUGGGGCCUCAAUGUCAAGAACAAAACAGAGAGAAUCUCAAAGCUACUUGAAAGGGGUCCUCUUCUCAGGGAAGAGAGGGACCGUGCUCGGAAACUGACCAGAGGGAUCGAAGGAUUCGGAAGCUUUUGCCACAGAACUUCUUCAGAAUCAAAUUCUGUUACAUAUGGAAGGUGCAAUUCUCAAUUCAACAAUCACGGAAAUGAGGAAGAUCAGUUUUUGUCCUCGGAGAACGAAGAUUUGAACAAGAAAAUGGAGAAUUCAGAGUCUUGGAACUGUUCUGGUGAUGCUCAGAUGGUUGAAAAUUCAGGCGCUCGAGCGAGUUUCAAAGAGAAUUUGGCUCCGAAAAUGGAGUUGAAACCUCUUUUGGAUGGUGAGAAAGAUGAUCAUCAGAGAGUUGGAGUGUGUGGAGAAGAUAAUCACCCAUUCAAUGACACCCAGAUUCAAGCUGCUGUGUCUCUGCUUUCUAACACAGAUCAACAACUACUUUUGCAAGCAUGUUGAGAGUUGAGACUUGUGUAGAACUGAGAGAUGGAAGUAGUUAUCUUGCCUACUAAUUUCUUUCACCAGAUCUUGUGCUAUUAGUAACAGUAGAUGUUUCUUCUAUCUGUCCUGUGUUCGAGUUUGUAAUCAGACUCUGUGGAUUGGAUUGCCAGUUUAAAUGAUUAGUCAUCUUAAGCAUCAAA